AUGCAAACCGGCAAUAAUUGGAAAAAUAUCAAUUCGCCUGCUGAAGUCGAUAUCACCAGACUUGCUGAGCUUAAACUUACGGAAUACGAUGGAUCACAAGCAUUGAGCCCGCUUCCCAAAAACAUGAGACAGCGGAAACAUUCCCUCCCUAAAGAACGCGAAACAGUGGGUGGAAAUCAAAGAAUGUGCACUGUAACUGAGCCUGGGCAUGCGGAGUCUUUUCCCCUGCAAGGAGGCAGUAAAUCUGCCCGCAAGAAGACUAGUAAAUCGACUUUGUCAAGUUUAUGUGACAGCGAUCCUUCCUGUCUUAUCGACCCUGUCACUUUCGAAAAGCUUUCUGGAAGUCACGAGUCUAAUCACGCAGUCAUUUCUAAGAAGAUUCACGCAAACCUUUGUACACAAUUCUUCUCAAGGUGGCCCUUCUAUUUAAGCGAAGGCUUCAACAUACUACUGUAUGGCGUUGGCUCGAAGCGCGCUCUCUUGGAGGAUUUCAGAAAGCGUCAUCUUGGGGUCUCUAAUUGCGUUAUCGUUCCUGGAUACGAUCCCUCUGUCACUAUCAAACACAUCCUCAAUGCCAUCUGUCAUGAUUGGCUUCAGCUGCCGGCGCAACGCGGAACCUUGGCGGAUCAGUUGCUUUUGAUUAGUGAAAAGAUGAACCUACCAAAUGCAAGCGAAGCUCCUCUCUAUAUACUCAUUCACAAUCUGGACGGUACGGGACUACGGAAUACUGGGGCUCAAUCGACCCUCGCACGUUUGGCUUCCAUCCCAAACAUUCACAUUUUGGCUUCCGUUGAUCAUCUGAAUAUCUCCUUACUGUGGUCACACGACGAACUCGCUCGGUUUUGUUGGAUAUGGGAAGAUUGUACAAGCUUCAUGGACCAUACUGUGGAGGUUAACUACUCGAACAACCCACUUUUGCAACAUCUACUCGGAGGGCUCGCCAGCUCUGGCGGAGCUGCAGCUGGAUGCGGCGGUACUGCUCUCGUUAGCCUACGCCGAGUCGCAGCCUCCUUGACUCAAAAUGCCCGGGAUAUUUUCCGUACUAUUGCAGUGCAUCAGCUUAAUGCGCCGCUACAUGAGGCCACUGGCAGCACCGCCGGUAUGCCACUUGAAGAUCUGUACUGGCGCUGCCGUGACGCGUUCCUCACCAACAACGAGGCGACGCUACGGGCUCAGCUUACCGAAUUUCGCGAUCAUGAGCUGCUGAAGAUAAGAAAGGGCCCGGAUGGCACUGAGCUUCUCUUCAUUCCGAUGGACAACACCUACCUACGCAAAUUUGUGGACGAUUUUGAUUCGUUUUGCUAG